CCCAGCUGUACUGUGAUGCAUGGAUCUAAGUGAUGAUGCUGUCAGUCAUCAGCAUGCAGUUUCAGAGCCGCUUGUUCCAUUGCCUGCUUGCAGCUAACAGCCCCACGCUAAACCGCGGAGGUUUUUCCUGGGCGGCCAAGCUUCCUGUUUCCAGGCUCCAGCUCGCUAUUUAGGAGCUGCGUAGAUAAUGGCACUUCACCUAGCCUAGCUGUGUGCCCAGCCGACUACAGCUAAGUGUUAUUAGUGCUUCAGAGAUAUCUCAUCAACAUGAAUAUGCACUUUAUACUGCAAUGUGGGAUGUCUGUUGUCUACUGACAUAUCUUAUUUUCAGCUUUGAAGCUUGAACCUCAAACCUCUAUGACAAUGCAAGUUAACACGUGACAUGAGAGGCAAAUCUCCACUGAAGAUCUAUUGCUGUUAGCUGGAGAGGCAGCAGGACAUCUUCAUUUUUAUCUUGGACCUGUGGAACAGAACAUUAUGCCUGUGGCAUUGACGUGUUGUCUGACGUAACCGAUCCCGGUAACAUCCAGCGUGCUGCAGAGCGGGGGGACGGACCGUUUCCCCAGCGCCAGGAGGUGUGGGGUCCGGCCGUACGGUCAAGUACUUGUCACCAGUCUUUCCUUCUGAAUUAUUUGGGCGCAGCGUUUGGAAGUCUGCUCUAAGAAGAUAGAACUCGUGGGUUCAGUUUCUGCCUCUGCCAUCAGCUUGCUGUUGUGCCGGUUUAUUUUAGUCAGAUACAAUGUCUGCUCCUAGUGGCUUCCCUGGCCCAUCUGCACCGCCUUCUUAUGAGGAGACGACAGGAAUCAAUGUUAACUAUCCUCACCCCUAUCCUGCCCCAGAACCUGGGCAAGGACCAAAUGCAAAGGGCAUGAACCCUCCUCCAUACGUUGUACAGCCUGGGCCAGUGCCUAACCCUGUUACAGUUCAGACUGUGUAUGUGCAGCAACCGGUAGUAUUAUAUGACCGCCCGGUUCAGAUGUGCUGCCCUUCCUGUAACAAGAUGAUAGUGACACAUCUUUCAUACACCUCCGGAGCAUUGGCUUGGCUGUCAUGUGGUGGCCUCUGCCUGCUGGGAUGUAUAGCUGGUUGCUGCUUAAUUCCCUUUUGCAUUGAUGCCCUCCGGGAUGUGGAUCACUUCUGUCCAAACUGCAAAGCUUUAAUUGGUUCUUACAAGCGUUUGUAGGCAGCGUUUAAAUAUGGAUAAAGAUUGGUUGCUGAGGUUUAUUAGCACCUCUACAAGCCUUUUCCGAAACUUCAUGGAGACUUCUGGUUGUUUCUGUGCAUCCUGUCACUGGAAUCAAUCAAAAAAAAAAAGAAUGUGUAUUGCUAGAUGUUUGAAUAAGAAUUUGCUUAAGGGGCCUCUGACUUAGGUCUAUAAAAAGGAUACAUAAUCUUUAUGGGCCACUUAGUUCAGCACCAGUUGGUAGCGGCCAAAUGUUGUCCCUUUCUGCUUGGUCCAGUUAAUGUUAUCUCAGUCAUGUGGCACACUGGUGUGCUUGCUCACAGCUUCAGCACAGACCAAGAGGAGAACUUCCAUGGAGAUGCUCACAGUCUCAUGCUUGGUGGUGAUAUCUUUGCAACAGCACUGUUAAACUGGCAGAGGGUCGCUCGCCUCCAGGACAGGCAUCCCUCUUUGGCAAAAGAAGCAAUUUGGUCCCAAUGUUAUCAAGUGGGCACCUUUUAUGAGCACUAAAAUUCACUUUAAAACUUUCUCAGUGAAAGAUAACCAAACCCUGAGGCUUGUUCCUUCUUGAAGGCUGCUUUACCAAAUACUCAACUCAGGUUAUUGUGCCAAUGGUGUUUCCAUCUAGUAUCUAAAUUUCCUUGCCAAUUUUGAGUCUACUCAUAUCUCCACUUUGUAGUAAAGAUGUUCAUGCAGGAGUUUUUUAGAGAUAUUUUUUCAGAUAUUUUUUCUUUUUUACUGCUGAUUUGUAAGUCUGUGAAAAGUUCCUUUCCUCCCCCACCCCAGGGGAAACUCUGAUAGCAUUGAAAGACUUCCUUUUACAAUUACACAAGUCAACUGAUAGAUUAUAAACAAACCUCAGCCUUUUCUAAAGGCUAGAAUUUUGCCUGCAAAACACAAGUACGAGAACUGUGCUUUUACUUGUUGAUCUGUUUGUUAAUUGCUACUUCUUCGUUAAGAAGGUAACAUGUUUGUUAAGGAGUUUCUCUGAUGAUUAUUUAGACUUGUACUCUGAUUUUUCUGAAUGAAACAUAAAUUCUGCUUUCAGAAACUUAACUUGGAUAUACUCAUUUAAGACAGUGAUCACAAAAAUUAAGAAAUGAGGCUCUGAAGGCUGAAGUAUUUCACCAUGUCGUAUAAACAGCAGGCCAGGUCCAAAUACCAUCUGAUGCAUUGAAUGAUACCUGUCUAGAAAAGGCAGUCAGAUGUUUAAACAUAGGCUAUGAUUCUAACACUGUAUUAGUUUGUGUAACGGUAAAACUCUAAAAUACACACAAAUAAAUAAACAUUGCAUUUAUUGCUCUUGCCAAGUGUGCCUUCUAUAUGUAUUUGGCCUAAGUUAACUUUUGAAAAGUCUUUCAACACUUAAUUCAGGACUUCCCUUGACCACAGACACGCACUUCUAGGGCUCGUGUUGUUACUUAGUUGUCCUAAACAUUAGCUGCUUUUUGUGGGUCAGUCUGCAAGUGGUUUUAAGAGCUUCUGUGUGUGUUUGGAAAAAUUUUCUGAUCCAGUAUGUCUCUGUAGCACAAAGAAUUUACAUUAGUAGCUACUAACUGGCAAGAGAAUAGUAGGGAUAAAAAGCUGGUAGUUGUGUAGCUCUGUGGCUUGAGUACACAGGGCUAACUCGUGUUUCCUGGCUGCCACGGUUAGCACUGACAGCAGCACAGUAAUGCUCUGGGUGCUCUUCAAGCACCGUGAUGCUCCGUUGAAUUUAGGAGGUUUCGCCAGGUCAGUUGGAUAUUUGGCAGGAUAAGAGGUCUGAAGCUGUAAUCCAGUUUUAAAUGCAGAGAUUGUAUUAUUGACAGGCUGAUAGGCUUCUUCUGCUCUGAUAAAACAGGCACUGAUCCUAACUUAGGAAGGUCAUAGGCACUGCUGUAAAGCAAUACUUUUUUUCCCCCUGGAUUUCACGAAGUACUGUCUGUCAGUUUAUUUUCAGAGCAAGACAGAGAGAAUGAAGCAUGCAGUGUUUCUAAACUUUUUCUUGCAUGAUGGGAGGAUUUUAAGUUCUUUCUGUAGCCAUAUCAGUCUGCUUUGGACAAUACUAUCUUCCAUUCAUUUGGUGAAUAAGUCUUCAAAUUGUUAUUCCCUUAGCUCCCCUGUUCUUUACAAAGUGAUACUUGGAAAAUCUGAGAUGAUAGCGCCACAAUGCAGAAAGAACACUGACAGAGUAAAUAGUUAUGUGGGGUUUUUUGUUUUGUUUUAUGGGCACAGUCUGUUGUAUCUCUUUUUUAAUUCCUCUUAUGGAAUGAGAAUAAGACAUGUAAUGUGGGCGGCUACUCCAUCUAUUUAAGCAAUCUGCCAAAACUUUCUACUGCCCCUUCUAUGUCUUAAAUUUCUGUAAAUACAAAGCCUGUGUUUUGUUCUUCUAUGUGUAUAGAAUUAUCUAUGGAAUGUGCCAAAAUAACUUGCUUUGUUAAACAUUUUAUAGAUAGAUAAAGGCAGUCUGUAACUGUGAAAAUGCUUUUUGUUUUGAUUAUGUUGAAGUUACUGUUUAUUUUUUAAAAUUGGUUGUAUUCAAAAUAAACAGUCUUUUGUA